AUGCCGGAACUCGUCGCCAUGUUACCGGAAGAUACUAUCCCCAAGUCACAUCUAGAUAAGCCGCUUCAGCAGCUCACAGAAGAAGACAUUUCUCAGAUUACCCGUGAGGACUGCCGCCGUUACCUCAAGGAGAAAGGGAUGAGGAGGCCGUCGUGGAACAAAUCGCAGGCGAUUCAGCAAGUGAUAAUGCUCAAGAGGCUACUUGAAACGACGACGUCAGAUGCUGAAGCUGAGCCUCGCAAAAAGCUCUACAUUCCCCGCCCUAAUAAUGCUAGUAAUGAGUACGAUGAUAAUCCGAAGCGCGUUUCUGAGGGAACACUUGAAUCAGCAGGAGAGAAGCUGCCAUUUCUGAGAAAGGAUCAGGGGAAACCUGAUUCUCCUGGUGAUCUGUCUGGGAGCUUGGUUUCCGCCAACAAUGAAUCUGCUCCUCCUAGAACCGUGGGUUCAACAAAUAUUCCAAGAGGACAAAUGACAAUAUUUUAUUGUGGCAAAGUGAAUGUGUAUGAUGAUGUGCCAGCCAAUAAGGUACAUGCAAUUAUGCAUAUUGCUGCAUGCCCACUCCAGUGUCCUCAGGAACCACAAUUUGACAGCACUGUAACAGUGCAACCUUCGCCAUGCCACUCACAGGCUGUCAGUGGCAAUGGAUGCCCAGAUUCUGUGAUAGUUCUCUCACCGACUUUGCAGACAGCAAAAAUGAGUGACAACUCUCGACUGCAUGGGGAAGAAUGUACCACGCUUCAUGAAGAUUACCCUGUGGAAGGUCCAUCAACCAGAAAAGCAUCAGUUCAAAGAUAUCUUGAGAAGAGAAAAGACAGGUUUAAGAGCAAGAGAAAGAUAGGAACGAACUCUUGUGCUGGGUUGGACCUAUGCGUUAACCAUGAAGUUGGUAAUCGGAUACCAAAUGAGCACUCAAGGAGAAGUGAUGCAUGCUCCCCACGCCAAAUCAGACCACCCUCUACGCCUACAUGGUUAAACGUACUCGAGAAGAUGAACUGA